AUGGAGGCCGCCUGCCUCACUCUACGCGAAUCCCUUAGCCGCAACACCAACAAGAAGGAAGCGCAGCACCAAGACGACAGGAUGGCAGCAACAGCAGCACAGUCCAGUCGCGACCAGGCCACACAAACGGCCUGGCCUAAGAAGAUGACAAUUAGUCGAGCCGCACAGGCCUCGUUAGAAGGCAAGGGAGAAGCGGUUGAACGACAGGACUCAAGCGUCCAAACCAAGGAGUUCGUCAACCACCAGGCGGAACUGGUGGACAGCGAACGCCUGGACGACGCCAGCCCAAGAGACGUGCACCAGAUGAGCUUCCUGCAAAGCAGGGAGCUCAGAAGAAGAAAGGAGGAAGCCCUGAACGAGCAGACCAGAAGACAGAGAGAGGAGCAAGAGGCGGAGCGUGACAGAAGACGCGAAGCCGCCAUUGCCCGCCGUGAACGCCAGCGUCAACACUGGCAACACGGAAAAUAA